AUGGACACCGAUUCAAAAUUGCGUUUGACAGCUUUCUUCGCGCGCCAGAGAGCUCUCCUCGUCAAAGAGCGUGGUGCAGAGAUCGAACGAAGCUCACUGCUACUCACAAACUGUAGUGCAAAACUAUUGGAACAGAAAGGCCUGGCGUUGCUAGGGCUGGGUAUCGUCAACAUAAACAUUGGAUUGGGAGGGAAAACCUUGGUUGAGCUGGAACGUCCAUCGGCCUAUCAUACCAGCCCGCUUUUCCCGCCCCAUUCACUCAGAACUGGCGAUCUGGCAAGGAUAGAAGCGAACGUUGCGGCGACAAGCAAGAAAGCUCCAGUCAAGGCCAAGGCUGGCGCAAGUCAGGACCGGGAGAAAGUCGAGGGUGUUGUUUAUCGAGUAACCGAUACGCGCAUCGUAAUAGCAGUGGAUGGUUCUGACUCGGCGUCAGAAGAUCUUGACUUACCGGAGCGAGUCCGCAUUGUGAAACUGGCCAAUAGUGUCACCUACGACCGAAUGGAUAAAACUAUUGAUCAACUCGAGCGAAUAGUAAUGGGCAAAUCUGAAGAGAAGAUAUCGUCAGAGAAACUGCGCCUCGUUCAGGUCCUCCUUGCGAUGUCCACUCGCUCACCGGACACCAUAAAUCCGCUGCCCAACCUCUCUUUCUUCGACGAAUCUCUCAAUCCGAGUCAAAAAGACGCGGUUCGCUUUGCUUUGCAAGCGGGCGAGGUCGCUUGUAUUCAUGGGCCACCAGGGACUGGUAAAACGCACACACUCGUCGAGAUAAUUCGGCAGCUCACCGCCGUAACACCAAGCAAUCCAAAAUCGCUCCGCGUUUUGGUUUGCGGCGCGUCUAACCUAUCAGUGGACAACAUCCUUGAACGACUGCUCGCAUUGCCUGUUACAGAUAAAGGCUCCCGAAUCAAAGUUACGCGAAUCGGUCAUCCGGCGCGGGUGAUGGCCAAUGCAGACAUUUUGGACUCGACGCUGGAGGUUAAAGCAGGUCGUUCGGACCAGGCGAUCCUUGCAAAAGACGUAAAAAAUGAGCUCGAAACAGCUUUGAGCACGCUUUCAGGGAAAGGGAAGGGUAAGCCACCUCGUGGUGCCGAGCGAAGGAAGAUGUGGGAUGAAGUCAAGGCUUUACGGAAAGAGUUGAGCACCCUCUCAUUUGUAAAAUCGGAUUGUCUAACGUUGAUUAGGUAUCGACAACGUGAGGGGGGUGUCGUCAAUUCCGUUCUCGUGGAAUCACAGGUUGUGAUUGCGACAUGUCAUUCCGCAGGAGGCCGGCAGCUGAGAAACCAUGAAUUCGAUGUUGUCAUCAUCGAUGAGGCGACUCAGGCAAUGGAGGCUGUCUGCUGGGUCCCCAUAUUGAAAGGCCGCAAGCUUAUCCUUGCGGGUGACCCAAUGCAACUUCCGCCCACCGUACUUUCGAUUGACAAGGAUAGCAAAAUGAAACCCCCAAAGCUAGUGGCGAAACCCACAAAAAAGAAUGAAGACAAAAAGGCCGCACCACCACCACCUCCUCAAUCUGGUUCGGAAUUAUCAGAGUCCGAUGCAACGAGUGCCGAAGAGGGAAAGGAAGAAGCCAAAUCCAUCAAACCGGUCAACUCGACAGCGGCCCAGACCAAGAAUAAGGGAGAACGUGGACCUCUUUUGAAACCUCCCAGGACACUUGAAAUUACUCUGUUCGAUCGACUUGAAAAAAUGUACGGGAAGCAAAUCAAGCGAAUGCUUCAGGUCCAAUAUCGGAUGCACCAAGACAUAUGCACAUUUCCCUCGAAGACGCUUUACGGCUCUAAACUUGCUUCUGCUCCCGCCGUGGAGAAACAUCUCCUGCUGGAUCUUCCAGAAACCCAUGCAGACUCACCAGAUGACGAGAAAGAGGUGUUGGCAACGCCGGUUGUGUUUUUCGACACCGCUGGAUGCGAGUAUUUCGAGCGCUUAGAGGGCGAUGGCGACGAAGGCAGUCGAUGCAAUGAGAACGAGGCGACUGUCGUAAAAAACUGGGUGGACAAACUUAUUGGCGCUGGCGUGCUCCCGAGUCAGAUAGCGGUUAUCUCGCCAUACCAGGCUCAAGUCACACUUCUGACGUCGCUCAUCAGACCCCAAUACGGUGCGGAACUCGAAAUUGGGACGGUCGAUGGCAUGCAGGGGCGCGAGAAAGAGGCUGUUGUGAUCAGUCUUGUACGGAGCAAUGAUACCCGGGAAGUCGGAUUUUUGAAGGAGAAACGGCGGUUGAAUGUCGCAAUGACACGAGCGAAGCGGCAUCUUUGUAUUGUCGGUGACUCGUCAACGGUAUCGUAUGGCGGCAAGUAUCUGAAGAAGUGGCUUGGUUGGCUGGACGGGAAUGCAGAUGUGCGAUAUGCUGGCUUAGAGUAA